AUGGCGGCGGUUCGGGCGUUGCGGGAUCCGGAGGCGCUGGCGGGGCCCGGCGGCAUCCACGGGGUGUUCGCCUCUCGCACGGGGCUGCUGCGGCCGCUGAGGGCUCCUCCAGCCUGCCCGCCCCGGGAUGUCUCCUCUACCGGCUUUACCCGCCUCCGCCGGGCCAUUACCCAGCGCGCUGCCGCCCGGGGGCCCCCAGAGCAGCGGUCCCUGUCCGGCUGUGCUCGGAGCCCCAGUGCUGCGGGAUCUGGCGGGGCGGCACUGCCCGCGCUCGGCGCACGGAGCGGUGCCACCGGGAAAACAGGGAGCGGGCACCGGGUCAGGGCUGGGCGCUGCCUCGGGGGCCGGCGGCGCCUGGCAGGGGCGAGCGCCGGCCGGCCGUGCCCCGAGCCGGACUUCGCCGGGGGCUCGGGCUGCGCCUGCCCCUGGUCCGCCCCCGCCGGGGUUUCCAAGGAGACCUGGGCCGCCGUCUGCGCCGCGGAGCCGCCGCACAGCCAUGGCCGGCGGGAGGCUCGGCCGCCGGGCCAGUUCUGCAGCCCGCAGCUCGGUGCCCAGGACGCGGCGUGGCAGGGAGACCAGCUGUCCUCCCAGCUCUACAGAAACAAGCAGCUUCAAGAUACUUUGCUUCAGAAGGAAGAGGAACUUGCUAGGUUACAUGAAGAAAAUAAUAACCUCCGACAAUACCUGAAUUCUGCCCUGAUUAAGUGUUUAGAAGAAAAAGCCAAGAAACUACUGUCUGACCAUGGGCAAAAAACCUGUGCUAUCCUCAGAAGUACCAAGAGGAGAUUAAAGGAGGACCACUGCUUUGUUCCUCAAGAAACUCCUCAUGCUUCCAAAGCUAGAAGGAACCUCUUCAAUGAAUUCACUGCCUGUGAAGAGCAAGCCAGCCCUGCUGUGGACAGCUGGGUCUUGCAGACCUUAGGAUUAAAAGAUGUGAACACCAUUGAUGAAGCUUCAGCUAACUACAGUGCUCUGUCCCCAGACCUUGGAAAAGACACCUACUGCCUGAGCCCUGGGGGAGCAGCAGACUAUGAGCACAGGGAAGGAGCAGCAGCAGUGUUUAGCUGCAGCCAUGUGCCUCCAUCCAGCAGCAGCACCCACCCAUGCAGCCAGGAUUCUCCAUUCCUUCCUCAAUUUUCUUCAGCACCAUGCAUCUCUUCACCAGUGCCAAGUGUUUCCUCUGUCCCAGCCUAUGGGUUGCCUUAUUUGACUGGUGGUUUGUCACCCAACAAAACAGAAGUGGCCUUCACAACGUGCCUGAGUCCCCACCGCAAUGUGAGAACGCACAGCUUCCACCAAGGACAGGCCUUUGUGCGCAGGGACGACGAUGGGGGGUGGAGGUUCACCUGGGUGCCCAAGCAGCCUGAAUGAUGCACCUGAUCAAGGCUCAGCCAUAGAGGAUGGAGGAGUCACACUUCACCUUGUGCAUCAGACAGGUUCAGGCAGAAAACAGGACCCCUUUUGGGCUUCUCUAAGUGCUACUCUGUCACUAACCCACUCCUCAUUCCCUCACAGAUUUUCACAGAUGUGACUCCAGAUUGCACUUGGACAAUUUUCUGCCUCACAUGUUCAAGCUGGAUUCCUUUCUCUUGUGCCUGUGUUGAGAAACCUGCUUUUACUUGUUUCCUGGGGUUUUGUCAUCAGCUCCUCCUUGUUGCUGGUAAUUUCCAAGCUGGAGGGCUUUCACCUUUGAUGAUUACUUUCAAAUCCCCCAAACAGGAAAGCACUUUAGGAAUAUACCUCUCUCCCUUUGGAAAUAGCACCUGUCUCAUAGAUAUCCACAGAUAACAAAGGUGGCAUAGGUUGGGGGCUGAGGAUCAGUUGUUUCUAAAUGAUUUAUGUCUCUCUUGACUACACAGAUAGCCUUGGAUUUUACAAGCACCCAUGGUUGCCUUAGGUGCUGCACAAGGCUGACCUACCUGCAGUUCCAUGGUGCUGUCACAUUCUUUGAUGAUGCCUCAAAAUAAAAACAGGAUUUACUUCUAAUGCUUGGAGACUCCUUAGUUACAAGAGAUUCAGCAAGGGCAGGGGAUCUUCCUAAGGUGUGAUUAAGAGACUGAUGUGUUUACUAAUAUGUUUUAAAGGUAUUUUGUCUUAAUAAUUAAUUAUUAUUAUAAUGUCUUAAUUUUUAAGGCUUUUUUGUCUUAAUAAAGGGAGUUCACAUGUGGGGAGGCAGUAUCACUUAGUGGCUGGAGUGGGUCUUUGGGAACCCCAGCCUUCAAUGCCAGCUCCUGCCUCUCUGUGUCUUCCAGGCUGGGAUGGGCUGAGGGUAAGACCAGCAUUUCUUUGAGAAGGCUUUAAAACUCUCUGAGAGAAAGUGCUGUAGCACUGUACAGGACUUAACUGUCACUAGUGCUUCUAAAUGAUAUGAAUAUUUGAUGAUAUGAAGUCAAUGGCAUGAAGGAAGUUCACUAGUUCUGUUUUCUGUUACCUUUGUCUUCAGUUCUACAGUAGUUUGACACCUAAUAUUCAAAAUAGAUUGACUUGGUUAUUCUUGCUUUCAGAAUGGAGCCACUGACAUUGAGGAAGGACUUAGGUAAAAAUAACCAAAAUAGAGGAUUUUUUUCCAGUGGCUUAUUUUUAUAUAGAAAACAGGAUAUUCCUCUAUUUUUAGAGGAUAUAAAUAUCUUCUAAUAGCCUGUUGUGCCUUAGAAUUGCAAUAUUUGAGACACUCCAUGAGGAGCAGUAAUGAUUUCCCAAAGGACUUCCAAAUAAACAAACUAUAUUUCUGGGUAGUUACUUUAACUGUGGCAGACUUCCAGAAUAGGCAUUAUAAAAUCAUUGAUUGUAGGCAUUAUUUCACUGGAUUACAAAGCCAACUAAACUAAAAGAUAAACAUCAUAAACCCACACAACAAUGACUGCAGAAGAAAACCACGACAAAAACUCACUAAAACCCCAGAAAACCCAAACCAAACAAUGCUCAUGGAAUAAAUACAAGUAUUUGUUUGGGGAGCUUGUUGUAGUCCAUAACAUUGUGGUCUAUUGAUGAAGACUGGUCAGACAAGACCACUGUUUCUCUAGCACCUUUCAGCUUUUCAGUGAAAGCUGAAGAAAAAUCCUGUCUGACAAACAACUCAUUUUUUUUCUCAAAGCAUUUCUUUUCUACUCUCCCCUUGACCCACUAUAUAAGAGAGCAUUGAAGAAAAUGCUCCUAUAACUGGAGUUUUUGUUGAUGUGUGUGGUAGUGCAGGAAAUGCCUGAACUUAACCUGAGUAUGUGAUGGGAACCCCUGGUACAGGUGAUGUGGAGCAUGCACAGCAAACUGGGAAUAAGGCAGUGUGGCCAGAGGACUACACCCAACACAGCUGUAGAUGCCACAUCUCUCACAGCAACUGUAAAACAGAAGUAGAGAAACAUCUGUCUAUGUUUUCUAACAAUAGAAUGCUAUUACAUGUGAACUUCAAUGUUAUGGAGUCAGCAGCACUAAGAAGUGCUUUUGUACUACCAACAAAUCUUAAAUCAGGGCUUUUUUCUCUGAAGAGAGAGAAAAGCUUUCCAUUUGCCUGACAUUUCCUUUCCACAUUUCUAUAUCACUGCAUGUGAGAACUUCUCCUGCAGAGAGCCAGAACAAAAGUGUGAGAUCUUUAGUAGAAUCCUGAAUUAGAGUUUCAGUAGGAACAAACUGAUGCUUGAGCCUUUGCCAGCCUUUUGUACAGGGGUGACCAACCCUUUGUCUCAUAGCAAAUAAAUUAUGAAUGUGAGGAAAUAAUUUACCUGAAUGAAUCCUCUUCUUUUCCAGUGGGUUCCUGAAUUUUACUCUAUAUGAAGGAUCUGAGUCCUGUUGGAGAGAUUUUUUUUCUGAGCCUGACUUUACUGGAGUUCAUUUGGGUAGAGGAUCCCAUGGUGCUGCUCCUGUCAGCUGAUGGGUGCUCCUGAUCUGCACAUGCAGACUUAAAAUUCUGGUGUAGGCAACUGCUUGAGCAAAGUUCUCUGUGGUAAUGAUGCUGCUGGGCACUGAAGCAGAGGGAGCACACUGGAAAGGAAACAGAAAAAUCCGCAAAGCAUUUUAACAAAUAAAUUAGAGUGAUUUGUUUUACCCUGACACCACCAUUUGAAGCAAUAUUUCCUGAGUUACAUGAAGAAGAAUAGAAGCAGGGUUUGCCUAACACCAACCCCUAGCAAGCAAAUCAGUGACCAAACCAUUCCUUUAGAUAAAUAUUGCUCCUACUGCCAAAAUAAAGCCAUUGUUCAGCAUACCUCACUCUAAACUGCCUGCUUCCUCUGAAAAUCCUGCCUUCCUACAGGUGUAAAUAGGUGUGGAAAAUGAGCAAGAGUCUGAAAACAUCUCCUGGCAGAUUACAGUCACAUGGUGGGAUGUGAGGACAGUUGCUGCCUGGUCUGGUGCUGGGUUGAUGAUAUGCUGAUUAACCUGCUGUGUGCCCAUGAUUUCCUUGGGCCUGGAAGCUGCAUUAAUGUGGUGCAGUUCUUUGGCCUGCAAAGAUGUGGGGGAAGCACUCUUGCUGGUACAAAGCCUAGAUGGAGCUUUGAAAUGGGUAUUCAGUCUUAUUUUGUGGUCCAUCCUCCCUGUUUGUCCUUUUGUAUUCAUUCCCAGUGGGGGAAAGAGGUUCAAAGCCACCCUGCUGCUCAUGGAAUGUCCGAGGUAAAGCUCAGGGAAGCUUGUGACACAUUACUGUGCUCCAGAGGUAACUAGAGAUCAAUGGCAAUGAAAGCAAAUAGUGGAAACAAAAUCCAGUUCUUCACACUGCCAUCACAACUAGGUAGCCAGGAGAUAGCAGAGACAAGUUUCAGCUUGGUACUGUAUUUCUAAUUUCAAAAAAACAGGCAGCUGGAAACAAAGGCCAGAAGGCAAAAGUUCUGGGUUCUGAUGCUGCCUCUGGUGUUACAGUUGAUUUCUAUGCUUUGGAUUCGAUGGACUUCACCACUGGACCAGUUCAUAGCUGUUUAACAAGAAAACACAACUCUUGCUGCUGCAAACUCCAAGAAGUUCCCUCUUGACAAGGAUCAGUACCAGGCCCAUAAAACUCCAGAAUGGGGAACUGUGACUUGAAUGGCCAUAGGGCCCUGGGUGGUUCUUUGAGCAGCAGUGAACUUCCUUGUCUGUAAAUAUUCAUCUUGUAUUAACAUAAUUUGUUUUAUUUUUUUAUUUGAAGUUUGCUUUAUUAUGUGAAUGUAAUGUGCAGCUGCAUAGUUUAAAAUAAUCUAUGUUUCUAGAAAGGUACACUAACAGAAAUGGAAGUUAAUUUAACACUUAAUAUGCUGAUGUUCCUGAUUUUUGUGAUUUAAAAAGGC